AUGGGGCAGUCUGCAAUUGAGACUUUUCCAAAUGCUAAGAGCUUGAUCUUCACUGGUAAAAGUUCCAAUUUUUGGAUUAGGACAAAGCUUACUGCUUUAAAGAAACGUCUAAUGAGUUUCUCGGGCCAGAAAAUCUGCUUUCGUCUCAAAAGCUGUACCAAUGUUUUGAAUAUCUUCAAACAAUGUGAUGUUAAUUACAUUAGUAUUGGGUCUGGAACAAAUAUCCAAAAUAAUUCCCUUGUUCAUGUUGCAAAAUCUAACUUAAGUGGGAAGGUUUUACCAACCAUUGUUGGAAGUAAUGUUACUGUGGGUCAUAGUGCUGUUUUACAUGGAUGUACCAUUGAGGAUGAAGCAUUUGUUUGUAUGGGGGCUAUCCUAUUAGAUGGAGUUUAUGUUGAGAAGCAUGCCAUGGUUGCUGCUGGAGCUCUUGUGAGGCAGAAUACUAGGAUCCCAUGUGGAGAGGUUUGGGGAGGUAACCCAGCCAAGUUCCUAAGGAAACUAACAGAAGAAGAGAUGGCCUUCAUUUCUCAGUCAGCCCUAAAGUAUUCCAAAUUGACCCAAGUUCAUGCAGCAGAAAAUACAGAGAGCUUUGAUGAAAUUGAAUUUCAGUGCAAGAAAUUUGCUCGCCGCAAUGAGGAAUAUGAUUCAGUGCUUGGGGUUGUUCGUGAGACACCUCCUGAGCUUAUCCUUCCUAAUAACAUUAUUCCUGAUAAAGUGCCAAAAACUGCUUAG